AUGGGUUUUUUCGACACCUGGAGCGAUCUUGUAUCGGCUGCUAAACCAUGGAGCGAGGCUGAAGCUGAGGCGGUUUCUGGAGGGUCGAGUACCACCAAGACUCCCGCACAAAAGCAUGAAGAGGGAGAGGGAGAGGCAGCGGAUCCAUCCGGACCCACUCCAGACAAGAGAGCAGCCAAGGCCGCUGAGGAAGAAGAAUCAAAGGAUGAGGAGCCCGAGGCUGAGGAGGAAGAAGAGGAAGAAGAAGAUGAGGAGAUGGUUGAUCCAAAAGAUAAGCUUGAGGAGGAAUGCAAGGAAUCAGCAGCUUGUGCUCCUUCUAAACACCACUAUGAUGAAUGUGUUGAGCGAGUUACAAGUGGUAAGGAACAAGUCCCUGGUGAGGACUGUGUUGAAGAGUUCUUCCAUCUCGCACACUGCGCCACCGCCUGUGCUGCACCAAAGCUCUGGAACGUCCUCAAGUAA